GGCCGAUCAGUCAUGCAUCUUGCAUUAUACAGAGGCAAUCUUGCCCUGGUGGAUUACUUCCUCAAAAUGCAGAACCGGCCGGCAAUGCUACCAGAUUGGCAUGGGCGUACGGUGCUGCAUUACGCGGUCGAAAGUAGAAGAACUCAGACGAUUGAAAUGCUGCGUUUGUCUGGUUUCGACCUCCACGAGACAGAUCAAGACGGCCGAACGGCAUUACAUUACGCGGCUUCGAAAGGCAACCUUGACGCUGUCAAGAGACUUCUU